AUGGCAGAUAACGUGAUCCUGAUCAAAGAGAGCAAGACCUGGGAGGAGGCCUUAUAUUACUGCCAAGAUCACUACCAUGACCUGGUCUCCAUCACCAACCUUGACGAGCAGAGAUGGGUCCAAGAGAGAGCCAAGAUGGCCAACACACCCCACGUCUGGCUGGGACUGCGCUACACCUGCACUCUGGGUUUCUGGUUCUGGAUCAGUGACGAGGCAGUCGAAUACAAGAACUGGGACUCACCCGGACAGACGGAUGAAUGCGACAUGUCUGGAGCCAUGGACCGCGGAGGGCAACAUAAGUGGUUCAAAAAGAUUGACCACGGGGAGUUUAAUUUCAUCUGCUCUAUGGAGUAAAACCCAUCUACUCAUUGGUAGCAGGCGUUUUAUUCAUUUACUCACUUUGUUUGCAGUGGUGUGACACUUAUAUAUGUUCUCUGAAUGGCAUUCUGGGAAAUGCAGGCAUCACAACCUAAGGGGGGAGGGAGAGUGGCUACACUUAAGUCAAUAACGAAGUAUCACAAGAUAACUGAUGAUGUGACCCUGUAAACAGGUUUUUCUCUCUCCUUAUUCUGAUUCAGGAACAUGUUAUUUUCUGAAGUUGACGUUCCAUUGUCUUUCUCUUGAAGUGUGUAUCUU